AUGGCAUCUGAGAGGGAAACCCAGACGGAUUUGGGAAUCAGUCCUUCACAAUUGCCCUCGGCGAAUGGCUCCGGCCAGGGGAGCAGAGAUCUUGAAUCGAAAGAUCUCUCCACCAACGAUCAGGUUGUCGAGAGGCGUUCAUCGUCGUCAAGUGGUAGAAAUGGGGUGGUACAGACUUUGUGGAAGGUUGUAACGUGGACCCCCAGACGGUGUAGAUGGGACCCGGCAGAUCCUCCUAAGUUCAACAGGGGGUUGAAUCUUCUUUUUGGAUUUGCGGCGACGUUCACAGUUGCCAAUCUUUAUUACAAUCAUCCAAUUCUGAACAUUCUAGCCAAAGAGUUUCAUGUAUCAGAUGAGCGAGCAUCUUUGGUUCCCACAAUGAUGCAAGCUGGCUACGCAGCUGGUCUUCUAUUUCUUUGCCCUCUUGGAGAUAUAUUCCACCGCCGACCCUUCGUACUUAUCCUGGUUUUCUUCACAGCAACAGUUUGGCUUGGCCUUUGUAUCACAUCUUCAUUUCCUCUAUUUCUAGCACUCUCGUUCAUCACCGCUGUCUCUACAGUAACACCUCAACUUAUGCUACCACUCGUUGGUGAUCUCGCACCUCCACACAGACGCGCAACCGCUUUAUCAAUCGUGGUCUCAGGCCUCCUUCUUGGAAUGCUUCUCGCCCGACUUCUCUCUGGCGUUCUUACUCAGUACACUUCUUGGCGCAGCAUAUACUUUCUUUCCCUCGGCCUCCAAUACGUAAUCUUUAUUCUCCUCUGGCUGUUCAUGCCCGACUAUCCCUCUACGAAUCCUGGUGGCUUGAAUUAUUUCAGCAUGCUUUGGUCUAUGAUAACGAUGUUAUGGAGUGAGCCAAUUCUGGUUCAAGCUUGUGUUGUUGGAUUUUUGACCAGCACUACUUUUACCUCAUUUUGGACAACUUUAACUUUCCUGCUUGCUGGAGAACCGUAUAACUACACGCCACUCAUCAUUGGAUUAUUCGCAUUAAUAGGCAUUGCGGCCAUGGCAUUUGGACCGUUUUAUUCUCGCAUGAUGAUCGAUCGCUUCCCUCCAUUGUGGUCAGUCGUUCUGGGUCUCGUCUACAUACUCAUCGGUCUUACACUUGGAACAUUCAUUGGAACAUUCAGCAUUUCUGGCCCAAUAAUGACUGCCUUCCUUCUGGACCUGGGCAUCCAAACAUCGCAAAUUGCAAACAGGACCUCCAUAUACAAGAUCGCACCCAAAGCACGAAAUCGUGUCAACACAGUCUUUAUGGUUGCUGUCUUCUGUGGUCAGCUCACAGGUACGGCAGUUGGAAAUAAAGUCUAUGCAAUUGGCGGAUGGAGAGCUAGUGGCGGCUGUAGUAUGGGUUUUGUGGCUGUCGCUAUUUGUGUUGCGAUCUCAAGAGGACCGUGGGAGAAAGGAUGGGUUGGUUGGAGUGGUGGCUGGGGAAAGAAGCGCAAGGGUGGAAAUGAGGAAGUUGGAGAGGGCGGAGAGAGUGUUGUGAAGGACGAAGAGGUCGCUGGGGGUCGCGGUGGCAAUAUGGUGAUGAUGGAGGAAGUUACCGAUGAUCGAAGCUCCGAUACUUUGGUUGAAGAGGGAAAUAUCCAGGCAAGCGAGAUUCCGAAAGCAAUGAGAAAGAGGGAAGAUGGAUAA